ACAACUGCUCUGAAACUGUCUGAGAGAUUCUAUGACAUGUCAGUGGAUGUGAUGUCGGGACUAAGAGAUCUUAAAGACUGUAUGUAUAACCAGGAACUGCCUGGCCUUGACCCUGAAGCUAUUAAGGAACAACAAGCAGAACUAGCUGGAUUUAAGAAGGAAUUGGAGAAAGCCAGAGAGCUUGUAGGAGAAUGUAGACAAAUAGGUCACGACCUCUCCAAUGUUUGUGGUCAGUCUGGUGCCAUUGAAAUCCAGAAACAGAUGGAGGAUCUUAGUCACAUGACUGAUGAAGUCAAUGAUAAGAUACGUGACCGAGGUGAUGAGUUAAGGGGGGCAUUCCAACAUGCUGAUCAUUUCAAGAAACUAGUUGAUAUUUUCCAACAACAUUCAAACAGUCAGUUGAUUCAGUCUAUCAAUAGCUGGCUUCCACAAGCAGAACACCAGUUGGCGUUGAUGAAACAACCAUCACCUGACCCAAAUACAUUACAGAGACAAAUUGAAGAACUCAAGAUGUCAAUUGAAUAAGAGAACAAACACUGAAAUGGGAUGUUAAGCUUAAGAGAUUCUUUAAGCAUCAUUGAAAUCAAAUUCCUUUAUUUACCUGGGAAAAGAAAUUACAGUUGGAGCCCAAAAAAGGUAGUACAUGCAUUCUUCCUGCAUCUGUUCAAAUCAGUAUCCUACAGUAGAGCACUUGACAACCAGUCCAUGCUUCCUGCAUCUGUUCAAAUCAGUAUCCUACAGUAGAGCACUUGACAACCAGUGCAUGCUUCCUGCAUCUGUUUAAAUCAAUAUCCUACAGUAGAGCACUUGAUAACCAGUGCAUGCUUCCUGCAUCUGUUUAAAUCAGUAUCCUACAGUAGAGCACUUGACAACCAGUGCAUGCUUCCUGCAUCUGUUCAAAUCAGUAUCCUACAGUAGAGCACUUGACAACCAGUGAAUGCUUCCUGCAUCUGUUUAAAUCAGUAUCCUACAGUAGAGCACUUGACAACCAGUGCAUGCUUAUUGAAUCUGUUCAAAUCAAUAUCCUACAGUAGAGCACUUGACAACCAGUGCAUGCUUCCUGCAUCUGUUUAAAUCAGUAUCCUACAGUAGAGCACUUGACAACCAGUCCAUGCUUCCUGCAUCUGUUCAAAUCAAUAUCCUACUGUAGAGCACUUGACAACCAGUCCAUGCUUACUGAAUCUGUUCAAAUCAGUAUCCUACAGUAGAGCACUUGAUAACCAGUGCAUGCUUCCUGCAUCUGUUCAAAUCAGUAUCCUACAGUAGAGCACUUGACAACCAGUGCAUGCUUCCUGCAUCUGUUCAAAUCAGUAUCCUACAGUAGAGCACUUGACAACCAGUGCAUGCUUAUUGAAUCUGUUCAAAUCAAUAUCCUACUGUAGAGCACUUGACAACCAGUGCAUGCUUCCUGAAUCUGUUCAAUCAGAAUCCUACAGUAGAGCACUUGAUAACCAGUCCAUGCUUACUGAAUCUGUUCAAAUCAGUAUCCUACAGUAGAGCACUUGACAACCAGUGCAUUCUUCCUGAAUCUUUUCAAAUCAGUAUCCUACAGUAGAGCAUUUGACAACCAUUGCAUGCUUUAUUGAGUUUGUUCAAAUCAGUAUCCUGCAAUGAUGUGGAGUACUUGAGUCCAGUAAAUGCAUGGUCCAAAUCAGUAUUUUACAGUGAUGUGGGGCACAUGACAUUCAGUGCAUUCUUACUGAAUCUGAUCAAAUCAAUAUCCUUUAGUAGAGCACUUGACAUCCUGUGUAUGUUUACUGAAUCUGUUCAAAUGAAUAUCCUUCAGUCAUGCAGAGCAGAGCUCUUGACAUCCAAAAUAAGCGUGUUGUUCAGUAUUGAUGCACUGAUGUGGAGCACAAGACGUCCGGUAUAUGCAUAUUUGGUUCCAGUAAGUAUCCUACAGUGAUGCAGAAUACUUGACAUCCAGUGUAUGCAAGCUUGAUAAAUCUGUUUAAAUCUAUAUCCUACAGUGAUGCCCAGCACUUGACAUCCAGUGAAUGCAUGCUUGGUUCAAAUCAGUAUCCUAUAGUGAUAAUGGAGCAUUUGACAUCCAGUAUAUGUAUACAUGCUUGGCUCAAAUUAGUAUCCUACAGUGAUAGUGGAGCACUUGACAUCCAGUAUAUGCAUGCUUAUUAUAACUGUUGAAAUUAACGACAUUAAGUGAUUUGUAGCUUUUGACACUUUUCUUAACUUUGUAAAAGUCACCCUCUGAUGUCCUGCUUAGUUAUGUCACACUUGUUUGAUUUUUUUUUCUAUAAUUACUUAUCAGAGCUUCAUAUUUUAUGGAAAGAUUAAUAGUGUUUUAUUUUUUGUUGGUGUGUAAAUAUAAUAUUUGAUAGUGUUUAACAUAUCUCCUAUUUAGUUCUACAUCUUAGUGCCAGUGGGUAGAUUCUGUCUGCUGGUAACAUGCACAUGGUCUGUGUUUUCUUAAAAAGCUUGUUUCAUGAUCUCAAAAUUGUAUCAAGAGAAAAAAAAUGGAAUAAUUAAAUGUAUUUUCUUCUCGACAAAAUUUAGUAACUGA